GCUUGUUUUUUUGCUUCCCACUUCUCUUUUCCUUUUAGCUUCUUCUGUCCAAAGAUCUCUCUAUUUAUGUGACAGUCACUUCACCAACAUCAUGGAUGUUCUGCUCAGUCUAUUCUUGGGUUUGGUUGGUCAGUUGUUCACGUUAAACAGGAAGCUGUAGGGACAUAAGCUGCAGUAUGGGUGGAAAUGGCAUUAGAGCUUUGGUUAGAUCUGUUGUGUCUCUAGUUAUCAUUGUGUUUCUUCUUGUCAGUAUCUUAGCAAACUCUGCACCAAGUGUUCCAUCAACAGAAAACGUCAAGCCUUUGCGGUUUAGUGGUAAGGAUGCGAAUCUGUUUCAUGUGAGCAAGCGAAAAGUUCCAAAUGGACCUGAUCCUAUCCACAACAGGAAAGCAAAAACUUCGAGACGGCCAACACGAGUAUGAUAUAGCUCUGAUAUAUACGACGUGCAUGACACUUACUAAUUUUAUGCGACCUCUCCACGUCAAGAAGCUACUAUUUUUGGGGGGCAAUCCAUACUGUCAGAUUCAGAUAUUUGCUAUGAACUCAUAGCUUGUGAAGCCUCGCUCUGUUUUUGCAAAGUUGGAGUCACAUCUUGCUUUGUAGCAUUUUGGAAGUGAAGUUUAGCUCUCUUUUACUCUUUUUUUAAGGAACAUUGCGUCUGAAGUUUGAAAUCUUUAGUGAAGGUGAGAAGUUUGAAGCAGUUAUUAUAGAUUUUUAAUGGCUUUGUGGGGUUUUGUAAUUACAUUUGUAUUAAUUAUAGGCUUAUGUCUUCAUCAAACUCUCAUGUGUUUCCUCUGCUAAAGCAAACCAUUAA